AACCCUGAUCACCAUUUUUAUUUGCUCCUUCACAAAAACUAAAAAAGUUUCUAAUUAGUAGGUAACUAAGAGAAGUACUGAAGUUAUAAGUAAAUGGGUCUUCAUGGGAGAGAUAAUGUUGUCGUUUCAGAAAUGAAGCUUGAAAGAAUGCUUAGCAUGAAAGGAGGCAAAGGUGAAGCUAGUUACGCUAACAACUCUCAAGCUCAGGCUCGACAUGCUCAAUCCAUGUUUCAUCUGCUAGAAGAAACCCUGAACGAAGUACAACUCGAAUCACCAGCUGAGGAGGCUCCAUUCGUAGUUGCGGAUUUAGGAUGUUCAAGUGGAAGUAACACACUUUACUUAAUCGACGUAAUUAUCAAACAUAUGACCAAGAGAUACGAAGCAUUAGGAUUUGAUCCACCGGAAUUCUCAGCAUUCUUUUCUGAUUUACCUUCAAACGAUUUCAAUACUCUCUUCCAACUUCUACCUCCUUUAACCAUUGAUGGUGGUAGUAUGGAAGAAUGUCUUGCUGCCGAUGGUCACCGUUCAUACUUCGCUGCUGGUGUUCCUGGUUCUUUCUAUCGCCGACUUUUUCCUACUCGGUCAAUUGAUGUUUUUCACUCUGCUUUCUCUUUACACUGGCUCUCUCAGGUACCUGAGAGUGUGACUGAUAAGAGAUCAAAGGCUUAUAACAAAGGAAGGGUAUUCAUCCACGGUGCAGAUCAAAGCACGGCCAUGGCAUACAAGAAACAGUUUCAAACAGAUUUAGCGGGUUUCUUGAAAUCACGGUCACGUGAGUUGAAAAAAGGAGGGUCAAUGUUUCUUGUUUGUUUAGGAAGAACUUCUGUGGACCCUACUGAUCAAGGUGGGGCUGGUCUUCUUUUCGGAACCCAUUUUCAAGAUGCCUGGGAUGACCUUGUUCAAGAGGGGCUAGUUGAUGGCGACAAGCGCGAUAGUUUCAACAUUCCAGUUUAUGCGCCAAGCCUAGAAGACUUCAGGGAGGUAGUUGAAGCAGAUAGCUCAUUUGCAGUGAACAAGCUCGAAGUAUUCAGAGGAGGAAGCCCACUAGUAGUUAACCAGCCAGAUGAUGCAGCUGAGGUUGGUCGAGCACUGGCCAACAGUUGCCGGAGUGUAUGUGGAGUCUUAGUUGAUGCACAUAUCGGCGAUCAACUAAGCGACGAGCUAUUUAUGAGGCUCGAGAGCCGAGCUACAGUCCAUGCUAAAGAGCUACUAGAGCAAUUACAGUUCUUUCAUAUAGUUGCUUCCCUUUCAUUUUCAUAGUAAAAUGAAAACAGCACAAAAACAUAGACAAAAUAAAUACUUUUCAUCUUUUUUUCAUGAAUGUUUUUUUUGUUUCUUUGGUUAAAAUUCUCUCUUUUCUAGGGUUUUGGAUUAGGUGUGGGUAGUGUACUACUGACUGUGCUUGUGUUGAUGAGUAACUUUGAGAGUUUAUACUACUUGAUGUGUUUUGCUUUGUCUUUGUUUCCUUGUCUCCAAACCUGUAAUAAUUAAAGUCUCUUUUUUCCUUCUA